AUGGUCCCAUUCGGUGGAGGUAGCAACGGAGGCUUCCGUGGAUCCCCUAGAGGAGGUGAUCGCGGUGGUCGUGGUGGUGGCGGCUUCCGUGGAUCCCCUCGGGGUGGCGACCGUGGCGGCGGCUUCCGUGGUUCUCCUCGCGGCGGUGGAUUCGGUGGUGAUCGUGGCGGAUUCGGCGGAGAUCGAGGCGGCUUUGGCGGACGUGGGCGAGGCUUCGGAGGAGAUCGUGGUGGAAGAGGACGUGGAGGCAGCCCAAGAGGUCGUGGAAGCCCACGCGGUGGUGGCCGUGGCGGUGCGGGUGGCAUGAGGGGCGGAAAGAAGGUGAUCGUCGAGCCGCAUCGUUUCGAAGGUGUUUUCGUUGUGAAGGGCAAGGAAGACGCUCUGGCCACCAAGAACAUGGUCGUCGGCGAGUCUGUGUACGGCGAGAAGAGAGUAUCUGUCGACGAAGACGCUGGUCUUUCCGUGGAGUACCGUGUCUGGAAUCCUUUCCGCUCAAAGUUGGCUGCUGCCAUGAUGGGUGGACUGGAAGACACUCACAUCAAGCCGGGUACCAAGCUACUCUACCUCGGAGCGGCUUCAGGCACAACUGUUUCUCACUGCUCGGAUAUCGUCGGACCGGGCGGUAUCGUCUACGCCGUCGAAUUCUCUCACCGAUCUGGCCGUGAUCUGCUCAACGUCGCGAAAAAGAGGCCGAAUAUCGUCCCGAUUGUCGAAGAUGCCCGACAUCCCCACAAAUACCGCAUGCUCGUUGGAAUGGUUGACGCUAUCUUCGCAGAUGUUGCCCAACCUGACCAGGCUCGUAUCGUCGCCCUCAAUGCUCACAACUUCCUGAAAAAUGGAGGACACGCCGUUAUCUCAAUCAAGGCCAACUGCAUCGACAGCACUGCUGAACCAGAGGCUGUCUUCGCUGGCGAAGUCAACAAACUGAAGGAAGAGAAGUUCAAGCCGCGCGAGCAAGUAACGCUAGAACCUUAUGAACGUGACCACGCCGUCGUCGUUGCCGAAUACCGGGCGAAGCCUAAGAAGUCUAUGGGA